CUAGCGCGUUGUGAAAGCGCUGCAGGGCUUGACUGGCAGGUCAUAAUUGCGUUGCAUCAUGAUAGCAUGAGCAAUGCGAAAGCCAGUUUAGCUCAUCACGGUAGUGUCACCGAGUGAGGCUGACUACGUACGAUUAGUAAUCUUCAGAAGUCUGGCAGUAUAUAGCACUAGUGCGUUCUGCUGCAGUAUGCCGCCAGAUACAUCCUCACAGAACACAUCUCUCUCAGCCAUGUCUCAACCAAAGCUCUUCACACCUAUCAUGGUCGGUGACGCGAUACUACAGCACCGCGUCGUGAUGGCCCCGUUGACGCGCUUCCGCGCAACCAAAGCGCAUGUCCCGACGCCACUCAUGGCCGAGUACUACGCACAGCGCGCCAGCACGCCCGGCACACUCAUUGUUAGCGAGGCGACCUUCAUUGCUCCGCAGGCGGGCGGAUAUCGACACGUCCCCGGCAUCUGGAACGACGAGCAAGUUACCGGCUGGAAGCGUGUCACAGACGCCAUCCAUGCUCAGGGAUCUUACAUAUAUCUGCAGCUGUGGGCUCUCGGGCGGGCAGCCGAUCCAGACCUCCUCCAAGAGGAGGGUGGAUAUCCGUACGUUUCUGCGUCCGACGUGCAGCUGUCGGGAAAGCCCUUCCCGCCGCGUCCUUUGACGAAGGAAGAAAUCAAGGAGUACAUCGAGCUGUACGGUGCAGCGGCGAAGAAUGCCGUCCGUGCCGGUUUUGACGGUGUCGAGCUGCACGGUGCAAAUGGCUACCUGAUCGACCAGUUCAUCCAAGAUGUAACGAAUACGCGCACAGAUGAGUACGGUGGCUCGGUGGAAAACCGAGCGCGGUUCGCACUCGACGCGCUCGACACAGUUAUCAAGGCAAUCGGCGAGAGCAAGGUUGGCAUCCGGCUCAGUCCAUGGGGUAGGUCCAACGGUAUGCGUAUGGAAGACCCGAAACCUGGGUUUAGCCACCUUGUUUCGGAGAUGGCAAGACAGUGGCCAUCGUUGGCAUAUAUUCAUGUGGUUGAGCCCCGUGUGGAGGGUAGCAGCGAUAGAGAGGUCCAGGAAGGGGAGUCAAAUGACUCCCUGAGAGAAAUUUGGGGCGAGCGGCCGUUCAUCAGUGCCGGUGGUUACAAUCGCGAACUUGCUUUCAAAGUCGCUGAGACGAAGGGUGACUUAAUCGCUGCCGGCAGGCUGUUCAUCUCGAACCCUGACUUGCCGGUACGAUGGCAGAAGGAUAUUCCCGUCGACAAGGGUGAUCGUUCGACAUACUACAACGUCGAAAGCCCGCAGGGAUAUACCGACUACCCCUUCGCUGAUGGUUCGGUUGCUCCAGAGCGGUUCAAGAAGCUCCCUAACUGA